AUGUCACGCCGAUCUGGGGCUUGCUUAAGGUGUUGUCUCGUGUUUUUUGCUGUAGUUUCUGCUUUGGCUGUUUGUGGACCGGCUUUGUAUUGGAGAUUCAAGAAGGCUUUGCAAUUGGGAGAUUCAAAAGCCUCCUGUCCUCCUUGCAUCUGCGAUUGUCCACCCCCAUUAUCCCUUUUGAAGAUUUCCCCUGGUCUGGCCAAUCUCUCCGUUACAGACUGUGGGAGCAAUGACCCAGAUCUCAAGCAAGAGAUGGAAAAACAAUUUGUGGACCUUUUGACGGAGGAAUUGAAGCUUCAAGAAGCAGUUUCUGGCGAACACACUCGCCAUAUGAACAUCACUUUGUUUGAGGCAAAAAGGGCUGCUUCUCAGUAUCAGAGAGAGGCUGAAAAGUGCAUUGCUGCCACAGAAACUUGUGAAGAAGCCCGAGAACGUGCCGAAGCAUUGAUGAUCAAGGAGAGGAAGCUUACAUCAUUGUGGGAGCGACGAGCCCGCCAAAUGGGUUGGGAAGGGGAAUAAAUCUAUAAUUUCAAAGGCAACCUCUUAGUUCAACUAGUCGUCAAGUUAUUCAAUCCACAAGAUCAGUAGAAACUGGCAAGCGAAGUGCUUGGUUCUUCAGUCUGUCAAAGGCAUAAUGUUCUUCUCUUUUCCUCCAUUAAUUGUGUUGCACCUUUUCUGGAAACAUGUCAAUUCUACAUCAUAAUUCAUACAUGACAAUGUUAUAGAUCCCACUCUUCAGCAUUUGCUAAUAUAUAAUAUAUAUGAUUAUCGCCUUUUCCACCGUA